GUGUCUCAUGUUACUAUUAGUAUUAAGACCCGCCCCUUAACCCUUUAGUUCACAAGAACACUUCCGUGACGGCCUGUGGUUUGUCAUCAUAACCUCAAAGUUCGGAAAUAAAAAUAAAACUUAUAUUAUCGAUUAAUUUACGCAAUGAGCGAUUCCAAAGUUCCAGGCGCACAAAAAAUGAACGGGACUGAAACGAAAACCCCCUUUUUAAUAGGCGUAGCUGGGGGUACGGCCAGUGGCAAGAGCACAGUCUGCAAGAGAAUAAUGGAGAAACUAGGUCAAGUGGCUGUUGAUGAUAAACAAAGACAGGUCGUUUGUUUAUCGCAGGAUAGUUUUUAUAGAGAAUUGACUCCAACAGAGAUUGCCAAAGCCGAGAAGGGGCAGUUUAAUUUUGAUCAUCCUGAUGCCUUUAAUGAAGCACUGAUGAGAGAUACACUAAUCGAUAUUUUAGCUGGCAAAAUCAUACACAUUUCGGCCUAUGACUAUAGGAAUCAUUCAUUGAGCAAAGAUCAAGUUUUAACAAUAUAUCCAGCAGAUGUGGUGCUAUUUGAGGGAAUAUUGGUAUUCUAUUUUCCAGAAGUAAGGAAACUGUUUCACAUGAAGUUAUUUGUCGACACUGAUUCAGACACAAGACUUGCAAGAAGAGUUCCAAGGGACAUUAAUGAGAGAGGAAGGGAUCUGGAGCAAGUUUUAAACCAGUACAUGAAUUUUGUGAAGCCUGCAUUUGAGGAAUUUUGUUCACCAACUAAAAAGUUUGCAGAUGUUAUAAUCCCCAGGGGCGCAGAUAACUAUGUGGCUAUUGACCUAAUCGUUCACCACAUCAAGGACAUUUUGCAAGGCCGAAAGAAAGGAUAUUGCUUUUUUGUGGCAUCACCACAAGGAAUUUAAAGGGUGGAGAGUGGACGUUAAGAUUAUUAUUAAUUAUAUGAUCCCGAUUGGCUUUAUCAAGAAAUUGCCAUUUUAUGAGCACUUAGAAAACUGAUUUUCGGGUAUUGAUUUCCUUGACUGGGAGCAUUGUUAAUAUAAAAUUUAAUUAUGUGCGUGUUGUAUGUAAUUGUGAUACAUAAUCUGCAACUGAAAAUUAUGGGAUUCUUUUUAGGCUGUGUGGACUAGCGGUUUUAGGCGGUUAGAAAAUUUAUGGUAAAAAUGUUACCAUAAAAUUCUUAAAAUGUUGAUUAACCAAUCCAUUCCCAAACACAUUAAUUUUUCUAUUAGAAGUAGAAAACAUCUCAGUAUUGAAACUACGAUAUAUUUAAUAUACGUUCCAUAAAUAAUUUCCCUUAUUUAAAGCGUAUAAAAAUUACAAUUUAAAAAUAUUCAACCAUAAUUUUUUUUUUUAAGUUGAAAUAAUUACCAAACUUGUGUGCUCUCAAAUGGUCAAGGUAAUCACUAUUUUCGCUUCUUCAACAAGCAAAUUGCUUUUCUGAUGCAAAAUUUGUUACCUAUUUCCACAAUUAAAAUUUGAAGAAUUAUUAUUUUUCCAAUAAAUUGAAAAUUAGGUUGCUUCUUUGCUAAAUCAUCUCAUCUUACUAUGUUAUGUAAAAUCCGUCAAAAAUAAACCAGUUUCAUAUGUAACAAAAUAAAAUUCUACCAGAAAUUAGCACACAAUUACUCUUGGUUUAUGCUAAAAAUUAAUAUUUCGAUUUUUAACGGUUUUAGAUUUUGUCUGAUAAUGGCAAAAAGUUAAACCUCCCAAGAAAACAAAAAUGUCUUUGACACAGUUUAAUUUUAAUAAUUGAAUUUAUGGGUUUGUGAUAUUAGAAUUUUCUACAUUUAUCAGAGUUGCAAUUUUAAGCCAGUAUUACAUAUAUGAUGUAAUUUAAUGGUCCACAACUGAUUCAAUUUAACAUAUUAAUAGUUUUUUACUUUUAUACAAUUUUUGAAAUCAGUUAAGUCAAGAACAAAACCAGUGUAUCAGUGUUAAAAUUUUAUGAUAGUAUAAUAAAUGCAUGAUAGCAUUCUUGGUUUUUUAUUUGC